AUGGAACCUGCCUGCCGUAAGGACAAGCCGAAGCUAAACAGUACCCCAACCAGAGGAGACCGAUCAAAACAGAAAUCUGCACAGCAGGAACUUAAACAGCGACAACGUGCAGAGAUCUACGCUUUGAACAAGGUGAUGACUGAGCUGGAACAUCAGCAGUUUGAAAAGUUUUGCAAACAGAUGCAGCCACAAGGGGAAUGA